CACUCGAAGUAUUGCUCAUUUUGCGGAGGGGCAGUUCCAUUCAUAGGGCUGAAAGGCAGGCAGGCAGACGGGCGUAGCGGCCGAGCACCCGACAGCGACGUGUCUGAGCUAAAUGAUGGUGUCUCACUGACGAAAAACCCAAAAAAAUAACCAGGCCAGGUUCCGACCGCGCUGCUGUCACCGCCCGCCGUCUCCACACCGGACGUACGCCUCGCCAGAGCCAAAUCCGAAGCCGCCCUCUCGGAAAUGGUUUCUGCGUCGUCUUGAUUGAAGACUGGAGGUGAUAUUCUCUUCGACCUGUCGCGGAAAUAAGCGGACUUCCUGGUCGACUGCUUUGCUCGCGGUUGCCGCAGACAGACCGCCUCCACUCGGCUCAUUCAACCGGGAGAGUCCGCACACCGUCGGCCCCCACCGACAUCUGGACAUAACCGCUCCAUCGUCGUCGCUGAUAACGCAAAAAAAAACGUGCCCGUGUGUUUGCCGCUGCUUGCCUGUAUGAUGCCGACACAUCUGCGGUUCCGGAGAAGGUCAUUUGGGCUCAUUUUCCUCUUUUCGUUGUCCACCACCGCAUUGUACUUCAUCUACUCCGCCCCCGGAAUCGUGAAUGAGUACGUGUUCAUGGUCCAAGCCAGAGGGAUCCAGAUCAGAGAGAAUGUGAAAUACAUCGGGGCCCAGGUACUGGAGCAGGUGGUGAGAGGGGCAUACAGCGUCAAUGGCACAGAUUAUUCGUAUGAUUUCAACUUGAGUGAUAGCGAUGCUCCUCCCCCCACGUACCUCCCCGAGGGCUUCACAUACCUCCCCUCUGAGGUUUGUCCUGACAGGCUGCCCUCCAUGAAGGGCAGGUUGCAGGUGAACAUGAGUGAGGUAUCGCUGGAGGAGGUGGAGAGAUCAUUGCUAGGAGAAGAGCCAAGCAUUGCCCCAGGAGGCUACUGGAAGCCCCAUGAUUGUUUACCUCGCUGGAAGGUGGCAAUCCUUGUCCCAUUUAGGAACAGACACGAACACUUACCAAUCCUCCUGAGACACCUGGUGCCAGUGCUGCAGAAACAGAAACUCCAGUUUGCCUUUUAUGUCGUAGAGCAGGGUGGCACGGAGCCAUUUAACCGAGCCAUGUUGUUCAACGUGGGCUACAAGGAGGCUAUGAAGGACCUGGACUGGGACUGUCUUGUCUUCCACGAUGUGGACCACCUCAUGGAGAAUGACAGGAACUACUACGGCUGCACAGACAUGCCCCGCCACUUUGCGGUCAAGCUCGACAAGUACUCUUACAUGCUUCCAUAUAAUGAGUUCUUUGGCGGUGUCAGUGGCAUGACGGUGAAGCAGUUCAAGAAGAUUAAUGGAUUUCCUAAUGCCUUCUGGGGCUGGGGAGGAGAGGACGAUGACCUCUGGAAUAGGGUGCAGUUUGCCAAUUUCACAGUGAGUAGACCGCGCGGAGAGCAGGGGCGCUACAUGUCCAUUCCACAUCACCAUCGUGGGGAAGUCCAGUUCCUGGGAAGGUAUAGUCUGCUACGCCACUCAAAGGAGAGACAGAAAGUGGAUGGUCUUAACAACCUAAACUACUCCCCUUCAUUGUCCAGGAGGCCUCUCUACACCAACAUCACAGUCAGCUUGAGCAGAAAGCUUGCACCCAUAGCCGUCUACUGACGUAGACACAGCUGGACUGCAGGCCACAUGGGAAUCAAAGUCCUCUGGGACAUCAGCCAUAUAUCACCAGUUGCAGUACUGCUUAGGACUUUUCGGUUGAUUGAUACUUUGCUUUAUUUCUUUUGUUUGUAUGCAAAAAAAAAAAAAAGAAGACUUAUAAGUAUGUUGGAUAAAUCAUAUAAGAAAAUAAGGAUAAAUGCUGCGCUACAGUCCAUCACUCCUCUCAUCUGGGCUUAUCUAGUCUUCUCUCUCCACAUGCCUUUUGCACCAUUUUGGCCUUCAGCAUCCAUUCAUUCAUCCGUUCAUUUUCUGAUUCAGUCGGUCAACGAUGAGUUUGGCCCUUCACUCCUGUGCUCAUUUAUUACAAUAGGCCAUGAUACACACGCUCAUUCAAGUGCAUGCACACGCCACACAUGCACGCACACAAACAGUUUGACUUGCAUGUGCUGACACGGUCCCUGAGGCUUUGAUUUUUACUUUGCUCUUGCACUUAUUUUACACAAAUGCAGUAAACCUGUGAAAACAUUCAAAAAUAUUCUCACACACACACACACACACACACACACACACACACACACUCCACAGCUUCUAACCACAUAGCUACUUCAACCAUGUGGAUUCCUGCAGCUGGUUCUGCAGAAGGUAUGCCAAAUCUACAACUAAAGAGAGCAAGAGAAAAUAUAUAAAGAGUGAGUGUU